AUGGGGGGGGAGGUGAAGCCCGGAGAGGCGGAGGAGUUCUGCCGGACCAACCGCCUCGACGAGAAAGCAGUGCAGAAUCUACUGGGAGAGCCCCCGCACAUCCAGCGCGUCGUCAUGGACCGCGGCCCCGUCGCGGACUGCAGGAACCCUAGCUCGGCCCUGAUUGGCCGAAUCCGCGACGCGAAGAUGGACUCCAAGUAUGGCCCUGGAGGCUCCGCCAGCAGCGACGUGUCAAAGUCCAGUUCGGGCGGCAUGGGCAGCCUGGCCGGCUUCAACGCCGUCUACGGGGCCGCUCUCGGCCUUGGCGGCUUCGGCUUCGGCCAGGGGGGCGGCGCCUCAGGCGGCAUGGGCGGGAUGGGCCUGGGCGGCAUGGGCAUGGGAAUGGGAAUGGGCGGCAUGGGCAUGGGCAUGGGCGGGGGUAUGUGUGGUAUGGGCGGCAUGGGUGCCAUGGGCGGAAUGGGCGGACUUGGCGGAAUGGGCGGUAUGGCUGGAAUGGGUAUGGGUGGCAUGGGCGGCAUGGCUGGCAUGGGCGGCAUGGGGGCCAUGGGUGGCAUGGGAGCCAUGGGUGGCAUGGGAGCUAUGCAGGGCAUGGGAGGCAUGGGCGGCAUGGGUGGCAUGGGCAUGGGCGGUAUGGGCGGCAUGGGUGGCAUGGGCGGCAUGGGAUGCAUGGGCGGCAUGGGAGGCAGCAGCGGUACCGGCAGCGGCAACAUGGGCGCCAUGGGUGGCAUGGGUGGCAUGGGUGACAUGGGCGGCGGCAAUAUGGGUGGCAUGGGCGCCAUGGGUGGCAUGGGCGGCAUGGGAGGCAGCAGCGGCACCGGCACAGGCAUGGCCGCUAUUGGCGACAUGGGAAGCAUGGGCUCAAUGGGAAGCAGCAGCGGCACAGGCGCUGGUAACACGGGCGGCAUGGGCGCCGCGGGCGCCAUGGGUGGCAUGGGCGCCAUGGGAGGCAGCAGCGGCACCGGCAUGGGCAGCAUGGCCAGCAUUGGCGACAUGGGAAACAUGGGCUCAAUGGGAAGCAGCAGCGGCACAGGCGCUGGUAACACGGGCGGCAUGGGCGACAUGGCCUGCAUGGGCUCCAUGGGAGGCAGCAGCGGCGCUGGUGCUGGCAACACAGGCGGCAUGGGCGAUAUGGGAGGCAGUGGUGGCAUGGGCGCCAGCAGCUUGGGCGGCAUGGGCGGCAUGGGCUGCAGCAGCGGGGCAGGCGCUGCUGCCCUUGGUCCGCGGGUCUUGGCGCGUCUGGCACUGGGGCCGGCGCCGGCACCGGCACCGCCACGGGCAUGGCGGUGCAGCUCGCCAACGGGCAGAUGGCCUUCCAGAUGCCGAACGGGCAGAUGA